CUUACAUUGGAGGUCAGUGGAAAGAAUGCUCCUUACAUUGGAGGUCAGUGGGAAGAAUGUUCCUUACGUUGGAGGUCAGUGGGAAGAAUGUUCCUUAUGUUUGAGGUCAGUGGGAAGAAUGUUCCUUAUGUUGGAGGUCAGUGGGAAGAAUGUUCCUUACGUUGGAGGUCAGUGGGAAGAAUGUUCCUUACGUUGGAGGUCAGUGGGAAGAAUGUUCCUUACGUUGGAGGUCAGUGGGAAGAAUGUUCCUUAUGUUGGAGGUCAGUGGGAAGAAUGCUUCUUACGUUGGAGGUCAGUGGGAAGAAUGCUUCUUACAUUGGAGGUCAGUGGGAAGAAUGCUUCUUACAUUGGAGGUCAGUGGGAAGAAUGCUCCUUACGUUGGAGGUCAGUGGGAAGAAUGUCCUUUAUGUUGGAGGUCAGUGGGAAGAACGCUACUUACAUUGGAGGUCAGUGGGAAGAACGCUCCUUAUGUUGGAGGUCAGUGGGAAGAACGCUCCUUACGUUGGAGGUCAGUGGGAAGAAUGUUCCUUACAUUGGAGGUCAGUGGGAA